UGUAAAAGUUCUAUUUCAUUAUAUUCGAGAAUUUCCAUACUGAUUCACAAGUGAAUAGAAUUAAAUAAAGUCGAAUAAUUCAUUACUGGAAGUGUGAUAAACUCUAUGAACUAUUGAUUUAUAUUACAAAAUGAGUCUUGAUAGUGAUUCAGAUGAUACUAAUCAACAACAGAGAAUUGGUCUAGAAGCAUACAUAGCAGCAAUCUAUGGACAGCAUGAAAUAUUGGACAAACUACUAGAGGAAUUCGAUGUAACAUUGUAUUCAGAUGAAUUGACUGGAAUGAUGCCUAUACAUGCAGCUGCAGCUUGGGGAAAUCCAAAAUGUUUGGAAGUACUUGUUCGACAUGGCUGUAAUGUGAAUCAACUGGACUCGAUGAACUGUUCACCUGUUCAUCAUGCAGCAAGAAAUGGACAUAAUGAAACGGUAGAAUGGCUUAUGAAGAAUGGAGCAAGUCUUGUGGAAUUAAAUCUUUUUGGUCAGAAACCAGCAGAUUUAGCUUUAGCUAAUAAUUUCCCUGAUUUGGCAGAUGUAAUUCGUAGAGAAGCAAAAAAACAACUAAAAGAAUUGGAAUCAAAACCACUACAUCCAAGUGAUUCCAUUGAAUUAUUAUAAAAAGAAAACUGAAGAUCAUUGAUUCAUCUCAUAACAUUUCAAAAUGAAUUCCAAUGUUGAAUAUAAUACUAUGAUUCAUUAAAUAAAACAAAUUUAUAACAUUGCACAAAUAUUAU